UUUUAUAUUAAAAAAAAAAAAACAAAAUCGACAAAUUUUUAAUUUUUUUCUCGAAAUUUCAACAAACUUCACCUUUUUUCUUUAUCCAAUUUCGCUCUCCUCAUUUCAUUUCUUCUUUACCUAAUUUUUGAGAGCAAAAAAACACCAAGAAGGGGAAAGUUAAAAAUUGGCAAGUGUAGUUGAGAUGAAUGUUUCCCAGGAAGAAGUUGUUUCAGUGGAACUUCCUGCUCCUUCUGGGUGGAAAAAACAGUUCUUUCCUAAGAGAGGAGGUACUCCAAGAAAGAGCGAGAUUCUAUUUACUGCCCCAACAGGAGAGGAGAUCCACAACCAAAAGCAGCUACAACAGUACCUGAAAUCACAUCCCGGAGGCCCACCUGCUUCUGAGUUUGAUUGGGGCACUGGUGAGACACCUAGAAGAUCAACUCGCAUUAGCGAGAAAGCAAAAGCAGCUCCUCCAACUCCUGAAAGUGAACCUCUGAAGAAAAAAACCAGGAAAUCAUCGGCUUCGAAGAAGGAUAGCAAGGAUGCUGAGGCCACAGUCGAAGAAACAAAGGCAGAUGAGGUUCAGAUGGAAGAUGCUGAAAAGAUAGAGAAAGAAGACAUAGCCGGGGAAGUUGGGAAGACUGAAAAACAUGAUGCUGAUGCUGAAGGUAAAAAGGAAGCAGCAAAACAGAAUGAAGCUGAGAAUGCAAGUGUGACUUCCGAGACUAAGGAUGUUAUUGAGCCUCAAAACGAGACCCGAGCUCCUACUGGUGAGGGUGAGAAACGUGUGGAAAUGGUGAAUCAUGUUCUAAAUGAAAACAACGGUGAUAAUGUGGAGACUAUUGAAGAUGCAAAGGUAAGAGAGGACAAGCAACCACAAGAGCAAGCUGAACCAGAAGACGCAAUAAAUAUCGCUGCUCGUGAAGAGAACACAGUUGGAGAAGAUAAACAGACUGGCUUGCCAGAGCUAGUGAAGCCCGAGACUGAUGCUGACAACAAUUCAAAAGAUAAUGGAACAACUGAUGUGGGGUCAGAAGAACCACCAAAGGGGAAUGAUGGUACCAUGGAUGGUGAGCUAAGCAAGCAAGUAUUCGAGGUGACGGAGAAUGGAAGCCAGCCAGCUGAGGCUGGGUCUGGACUUUCACCAAGUUAAUUUGUUGUCAUGCUGUUUAGUCAUCAUCUCAUUUGGAGAUAUGUGGGUCUAUUGAAAUGAGUGUAAUACCCAUGCUGUUAAUGUUAGAAUUCUGAUUUGCAGUUUAGUCGAGAUAACUGUUGUACAGACACAGUUGUAGAUUAGGCCUUUGAGUCUUGACAUAGGCAAUGAGUAGGGGGACUUUGACUCCUAUACAUAUUUGUCUGUAUUGUUAUGUUCUUUACUUACUACUUUACUAGCGCUGUUAUAACUUUGACCAUUUUAUGUAAUAUGUAAUGUUAAGCAACUGUUGUAUGUACUGUAACUGUAUUCUAUUACCUUCCACUGAUAUUUGGAUGAUUUGAUUCAAUUAGCUAUGUGGUGCAAUCGUUUCAACUGU